UUGCAGAAAUGAAAAAAGCAAAAUGUCGAUCGGAUUUUAACAUUGGUUGUGAGUGAAAAACGAAGAAAAAAAUAUAUUAAUUUAUUUAUAACUCAAUUGUAAAGUGAUCUUCUUAAACACAAACCAUGGGCUCAGAGGAUACCGAGAUGGCUUCUGGUGAAAAAAUCCAAAAGGGUUUUCAAAUCAACUAUAUGAUCCUCCGCGAUGCAGAUUCGGGAAAGGUUAUUUGGCAGGAGAACAAGGACUUUUCGUCACCAGAUGUUGAGCAUGAAGCGCGUGUGCCAAUCAAAAUAUUGGAUUUGCGGGCAGUGUCUCGUGAAAUUAACUUCAGCACAAUUGAACCAAUGGAAAACUUUCGCCUUGACCAAAAAGUACUUUUUAAAGGUCGCAUAAUGGAAGAAUGGUUUUUUGAAAUGGGCUGGGUUGGCGCAAACACUACAAACACUUGGCAAUCGACAAUCGAAGGAUCAACGGAUCAAGAUGCGGAAAUCCUCGCCAGUAUGGAAGAAACCUCCCCGUUAAGCGAUAAUAAUGCAUAUAAUAGUCCAAAUAUUAACGGUAUUAAGCGUGAACAUGCCUAUGAUAGCUGCGUGAUAUGCUUGGGAGCACAUAUAGUAUUAGUAUGCAUACAGUUAGGUAACGAUCAUGCGCCCAGUUGGAAAAUGGCUCAACGAUGA